GUGCCCACUUCCGUUACACACACACACACAUCCCCUUCGUUCUCUCUCAAUCAGCUCUAAUGGUGAAACCUAAAUCCAUCAAGAAUCACCCUCGAUUUGUCCUCCUCUUCACCCCGAAAACACCCCAAAAAUCACCCUUCACACCUUCAACAUACAUCCUCCUAUCGAUCACUCUCAUACUCGCUUCGAUCCUAUGUUUUACGACAAUCAAUCCGUUCGUUAUCAAGAUCCACACAUCUACACACUCACCUCUUCUUCUAGCUUCAAUAUCCUCCGUAUACCAAGAUCCGAAUGCAGAUGAUAACAAUUCACCAGUAACUCUCUCCGUCCCUUCAAUUGUGCCGUUACCGCCUCGUUCAGUGGCUGGAACCGAGUUCUGGGACCAGCCCGACGGAGAAGGGUACCGCCCAUGUUUGGGGUUUAGUUUGAAGUAUCGAAGGCGGUCGGUGAAGAUUGUGAAUGAGAAGAAGAGGUUUUUAGUUGUUGUGGUUUCUGGUGGGUUGUUGCAGAUUAGGAAUCAGAUUGUUGAUGCGGUUAUUAUCGCGAGAAUUCUCGAAGCUUCGUUGGUUUUGCCCGUACUUAAGGGAGACGAGAGUGAGUUUUCUGAAAUAUUUGAUGUAGAGCACUUUAGGAAGACUUUAAAAGCGGACAUUCGAGUAGCGUCGUCACUGCCCUCUACACGUUUAGUUUCGUGGCAGUCGUUAGAGAAUCAAAUUCCACAUAACGUCCCUCCGUUUUGGAUACAGGCAAGAUUCUUCAAGAAACUCAACGAAGACGGGUCUCUAGUGUUAACGGGGUUGGAUUCGAAACUUUCAAAGAAUCUUUCACCUGAUCUUCAAAAGCUUAAAUGCAAGGUAGCCUUUCAUGCACUGAAAUUUGCAAAACCAGUUAGAGAUCUUGGUAACCGAAUUGCAAGAAGAAUGUGGAUUGAAGGCCCGUAUGUAGCUGUUCAUCUCAGUCUUGAAAAAGAAUUGUGGGUCAGAACAGGUUGCCCAACAGGCUUAGGCCCAGAGUAUGAUGUCAUUAUAAGCGAAGAACGAGAGUCUAGCCCCGAGUUUCGGGCUACAAAUUCAAAUACUAAUUGCCCUCUUAAUGCCUUAGAAGCAGCAAGACUCCUUAAAGAAUCAGGGGCACCAGCAAAUGCUCGAGUGUACAUUGCAGGUAGUGAGCCGUUUGGGGGUGAUCGAGCCAUUCUGCCAUUGAAAACAGAGUUUGAAAAUGUGGUGACGAAAGAUAUGCUGGCUCGAGAUGGGGAACUUGGUCCAUACAGGAACAGAACCACUAUCUUGACCGCAAUCGACUAUGUUGUUUCAUUGAGUAGUGAUGUUUUUCUGCCUUCUUACAAUGGACACAUGGCCCGAGCAUUGCAGGGUCAUCGUGCGUAUGUGGGACACCGAAAAUAUGUAACAAUGUCUAUGGAUUUGAAGGGGCAACCACAACCGAGGGGUAAGAGGAGAGACCGGGAUGUAAUAGUGUAUCCAGUUCCAGAAUGUAUGUGUAAACACUAGCCAAUGAGCUGAGCUUAUUUUGGACAUACUUUAACCCACCCAUUUAGAAGAUUUUUUCAAUUGUAUGGACCCUGACUUGGAAUAAAUCAUAAAAGUUGCAAGUGAA